AUGGCCCGCCAACGCAAAGAAAAGUCCGUCAAGGAUAUCAAACUUGAACAGCCCGAUCGCUCUGGUCCAAACAAGGAGACACUUGUCGAUUUCGCAAAGGGUCGCGAUCUCUUUGCUGAAGCCGAUCGUCGACAGCGCGAGCUUGACGGCGAAGGACCCCUUUUGUCGCCUCGCACAGAACGUAUCCUCGAAACUCUACUAUGGACCGGCAUUAUCGCUAUGCUUCACUUUACAUUCGACGUGCUUGUGCAGCGACAGUACGCUAUGGAACUUGAUUGGCUUCUUGUAAUCCAGCGAACUCUCACAGCUUGGCUCUUGUUUAUCUCUCUAUUUUACGUCCUCCAUCCGCAUUAUUCGCAAAAACAGUUGAUUCCUCUUGUCCCCCAACAGUAUCAGGAGACUAUUCGCCAAGCCAUCUUCUUCGUCGCAAGCACACUGGGCGGCUGCUACCUCAUCUACAUCAGCAACAACUACAGUUAUAUAGCGGUCAUGAAGCAAGCCCCUCCUGUAGGUUGCCUGUGGGUUUGGGCCGUUGUCGAGAUGGAUAUUCUCUGGGCCUUUCCCAGUCUUUGCAUUGCUGUCGCAUACGCAUACAAGAAUGGAUACGGAUUCAGAUAG